ACUCUGCAAUAAACAGAUUGAGAGCGAAGUUGUUAGCGAGAUGGGGCGCCUCCGCUGGCCCCCUUGGACUCUGUGGGCGACCUUUCUGUUGCUGGGCUGUCCUGGAAAGGUGGCAGGAUGGAUGUUCAUGGUGCUCCCAGAGGAGGGCAGGAGGGACUGAGUCGGAGAGGGAGAGCCGGUGAUUCCCAAGAAGGAGCUGCGAAGUUUCUCUUCCCCUUUUCAGCUGCCCGCAGCCUGCCGGCUCGAGGUCUGCCCAGCAACCGUUUCCGUAAUCUGCACUCCAUUUUCCGAUUGGUGGAGUAUUUCCCCUCGGCUAAUCCCGGCCCUUGCUUCGGAAUCUCCUGCGGGUGGGGCGGGAAGUGUUGACACACCUCUGCAAUAAACAGAUUGAGAGCGAAGUUGUUAGCGAGAUGGGGCGCCUCCGCUGGCCCCUUUGGACUCUGUGGGCGGCCUUUCUGUUGCUGGGCUGUCCUGGUUCUUCCUCUCACUACUUCCAUAAUUUUUACAUUGGGGUCUCGGAGCCUGGCCAGGGGCUGCCCCAGUUCAUUGCUGUGAGUUAUGUGGAUGACCAGCCCAUUACUCAUUAUGACAGCGAUACACAGAGGAAAGUGCCUGUCGUGCCCUGGAUGAGGAAGGUGGAGAAGGAUGUUGCCCAGUACUGGGACAGGAACACUGAGGUCUUGCGUGGCUCGGAGCAGGCAUUUCAAGUAAACCUGGUGACUCUGGGGAAUCGUUACAACCAGAGCAACGGGUUUCACUCCCUGCAGGUGAUGUACGGCUGUGAGGUGGGCCCAGAGGGGCGCAAAGGAGGGUAUCUCCAGCACGGCUACGACGGGAGGGACUUCCUCAGCCUCGACAAGGAGACUCUCACCUGGACGGCGGCCCAGCCGGAGGCCCAAGUGACCAAGAGGAAGUGGGAGAGAGACAGGGCUUUUACCCAGCGCCGGAAGGCCUUCCUGGAGGAGGAAUGCGUUGAGUGGCUGAAGAAAUACUUGGACUACGGGAAGGAGGCUCUGCAGAGGACAGAGCCACCAGUGGUGAAGGUGACACGCCAGAUGGAUGCAGAUGACACGGAGACCCUCUUCUGCCAAGCCCACGGCUUCUACCCCAAGGAGAUUGACGCCAACUGGAGGAAGGACGGGAAGGUCUGGGUGGAGGACACCUUCCGGGGAGUUGUUGCCCCCAACUCAGAUGGGACCUACCACGCCUUGCUUGGUGUCAAGAUCGACCCCAAGGACAGGGACCGCUACCGGUGCCAUGUGGAGCAUGACGGCCUAAAGGUGGAGGUGGCCUGGGAGGAGCCUGCAUCCAACAUCGCACUCAUUCUUGGGUGCGUUCUGGGGGCCAUCCUGCUGAUAGCAGCUGGAAUUGCUGGGAUCCUGUUGUACAGAAAAUGGCAAGCAGGAUACCAAGAAACGCCAACAAGUGACCGAGGGUCCGACAACUCCAGCCAGGGGAGCAACCCGGCUGUCGCUGGAAGGGGUAGGAUAGUCGAGGGAGAUUCAGACGAUGAGGACUGGGACAUUGAAUUCAAGGAAGGGACUAGCAGUGAGGAGAGCCCACAGUGCACUCCGACCACUGACACUGACAGCACAGCACCCUUCACUCCUGGCUCCCCUAUGAAAAUGCGACCUGAACUGUCAGAAGUUGCUCAGUUGGACACGUCCACUCUGCCCACGCCAGAGACUCAACCUUACACGUCAGAAGCUUCCCAGCUGAGCGAUGCUCUGUUUCCCACACCCGAACUGUCAAUCCUGAAGACUCACCCGUCGGAUGAGCAAGUAGACGGCCCUCUCCAGAUCUCUCUGGUCCUUGAGCCGGUAAAAAAAGGUCUUGCCCCGACCUUGUUUAGGGGGCAGGACGUGGCUGCGGCCUCCACUUGCUCCCAUCCUCCCCCAUUGACCUCUCUGGGGUCUCUCUCUCUUGUUUCUCCUUCAGGGUUUCACUCCCUGCAGGAGAUGUACGGCUGUGAGGUGGGCCCAGAGGGGCGCAAAGGAGGGUAUCUCCAGCACGGCUACGACGGGAGGGACUUCCUCAGCUUCGACAAGGAGACCCUCAGCUGGACGGCGGCCCAGCCGGAGGCCCAAGUGACCAAGAGGAAGUGGGAGAGAGACAGGGCUUUUACCCAGCACCGGAAGGCCUUCCUGGAGGAGGAAUGCGUUGAGUGGCUGAAGAGAUACUUGGACUACGGGAAGGAGGCUCUGCAGAGGACAGAGCCCCCUGUGGUGACGGUGACACGCCAGGCAGCUCAGGAUGGCCAGGAGACCCUCAUCUGCCAGGCUCACGGCUUCUACCCCAAAGAGAUCGACACUUUCUGGAGGAAGGACAGGGAGGACAUGGAGCAUGCCACCCUCCGCAGGGACGUCGCUCCCAAUUCUGACGGGACCUACCAUGCCUGGCUCAGCAUUGAUGUUGACCCCCAGGACAGGGACCACUACUGGUGCCACGUGGAGCAUGCCAGCCUGCCGCAGCCUCUGGUCUUGGCCUGGGAGGAGCCUGCCAACAUGGGGCUCAUUGUGGGGGCCAUUGUGGGGGCCGCGACUGCUGUCCUGCUGGCAGCUGCUGGGAUCCUCUUCUUCAUUCUCAAGAAUUGGAGAAAGGAAGCGUCCUACAAAGCAGCACCAAAAAGCGACCAGGACUCUGCUAGCUCUGCCAGUGCGUGAUACCAGGAGGUUGUGUGAGAUGAGACCAGAGGGAGGCUGCCCAAGAUUUGUCGCGAUUUACAGAAGAUCAGAACUCCUGUUGUCCUUCAUCACUAUUUAUUAUGCCACCGAAUCCUGGCUCUAACCCAGCCAUUCUGAUCCCAGCUGUAGCCUGGAUUUCAGGGGAAGUGACAUUUCUGAUGGGGUUUGGCUAAUUUCAUUUUUCAGCUGAUUUUCAGAAGUGUGUUUGUAUCAGUCAGAAAUGUGCCAAAUAUACAUACUUCAAAGCGUUAAAUUUUAAAAGGGAUGGUAACCUAAGAGGUCCAUCUGGUCUAGUAUUCUGUUCUCAACAGUGGCGAACCAGAUCCCUGUGGGAAGCCCACAAACAGGACCCGAAUGCAACAGCACUUUGGUAAUUCUCAGCAACUAGUAUUCUCCAUGAAUUUGUCCAGCCCUCUUUUAAAGUCAUCCAAGUUAGUGAUCCAGGAAGUCUUUACUUACAUUGUUGUGCCUCUAUAAAUAUGUUCAGUCGUACUGAGC